AUGCCACUAAAGGACAAACUGGAAUUGGUAAACACAAAAAAGGUGUGUAGCAACUGCUUCAGGAGCGAUCACUUUGCACGUCGCUGCCAGUCGAAAUACAGCUGCAGAGUAUGCAACAAACGUCACCACACAUUGGUACAUCCUGGAUUUGCGCCUUCAUCCCACAGCCAGCAGGUGAAUUCGAAUUCUUCGCCCAAUGAAAAUUCAUUCAGUGUGAUUCCAACAAAUUGUUCGGUUGCCAUGUUUCCAUGUGAAAACUUUGAAGUGCCUAUGUUUCAAGUGAAUGCUGCUACACGGAAUGCCACCGUAUUUCUCUCCACUGUGGUUGUUAUUGUGGUGGAUACUUUUGGCAAGGAGCAUCUUGCACGGGCUUUGUUAGAUUGUGCAUCACAAGCCAAUUUAAUGAGCGAGAAACUACGUCAAACCCUGCGCCUGGCGGGGAAGAAGGUCAACAUAGAAAUCUGCGGUGUUGAUAAAGCUGCUACGCGUGUGAAGCAUUCUGUUACCACGGAUGUGCGCUCUCGAGUACAUGAGGUGUCAUUGUCAAUCGAUUUUUUGGUGGUGAACAAGGUAACAAGAAAUCUCCCGUCUGCAACUGUUUCCAUCGAUCAUUGGGAAAUUCCGAGGAAUCUGGAAUUGGCUGAUCCUGAUUUUAAUCGAAGUUGCGAAGUUGACAUAAUAAUAGGAGCGGAACACUACUAUAAAUUUUUAAAGAAUGGACGAAUUAAUCUUGGGGAUAAACUACCAUCGCUUAUCGAAAGUGAUUUUGGUUGGGUAGUUUCUGGCAUGGCGGACAUCGACACAUCUAAUCCGAGUGUCAUCUGCUCUGCUACAACCAUGGAAUCCCUAGAUGAAAAACUGGAACGAUUUUGGCUAAUCGAAGACGUUCAUAGCCCUCGACCAUCACGAAAUAAUCAACAGUGUGAGGAAUUUUAUCAAACUUCAACUAUCCGGAACAGUGAAGGACGCUAUAUCGUCCGUUAUCCGAAGUACGUGGAAUUUCAACAAAUGUUUGGUGAGUCUAAAUUCAGUGCUCUUCGACGUUUCGAGUCACUAGAAAGGAAAUUGGAGAAAAAUCCCGAUCUGCGUUUGCAGUAUAAUGCUUUCAUGCAGGAGUACAUAUCGUUAGGGCAUAUGCAAGCAGUUGAAGAGACGGUUGAUGACGCUAGAGCUACUUGUUAUUUGCCACACCACCCUGUUUUCAACGAUAAAAGCAGCACUACAAAGGUCCGUGUUGUUUUCGAUGGUUCGGCAAAAAUGAGCAGUGGACACUCCUUGAAUGAUACCCUCCUCGUUAGCCCAGUAAUUCAGGAUGAGCUCUUAGAUAUUAUACUUCGAUUCCGGAAAUAUCCCGUGGCGUUGGUGGCGGACAUCGAGAAGAUGUACCGCCAAAUACUCAUUUCACCUGACGAACGCUGUUUGCAACGUAUCCUUUGGCGCAUCGAUUCUUCUGAACCUGUUAGGACAUACGAAUUAAGCACAGUUACAUAUGGUAUUUCAUCAUCUUCGUUUUUGGCAACCAGAACGCUACAUCAGCUGGCCGAGGAUGAGGGAAAGGAGUACCCCCUCGGUAGCCUCGCAAUUUGUAAUGAUUUCUACGUGGAUGACUUCAUUCGAGGAGAGGAUUCGGUAGAACGGGCGAUUCAACUACGUCACGAGUUGGAUGAAAUCAUGACAAAGGGAGGAUUUCGCUUGCGUAAAUGGUGUUCGAAUUCAACUGAUGUUUUAGCCGGUCUACCCGCAGAACUACUUGCAACACAAGCGCUGUUGAAAUUCGAUCCUGAAAAAAACGAUUAA